AUGCCAGCUUUCAAUGCACAGUCUAUAGAGCUACCAGAGAGAGAGAUGGCAGCACUAUCAUUCAGAUCUCAUACUCAAAGUAUGUCAUGUAUUCAAAGUGAUGCUGAACAGUUAAACAAUUAUAGUGGAAAUGACAAUCUAACAGAAGUAUCAGAUAUGCAUACCAAUAUACAUACAUUCCUCCGACCUAGUUCCCUGCAGGAGCACAUGAGAGUCCACACUGGUGAAAAACUUUAUGAAUGUGGUGAAUGUAAAAAAACAUUCAUUAGAACUAGUUACUUAGGGGCACAUAUGAAAGUACAUGAUAAAUCUGAAAAAUGUGAUGUGUGUGAGAAAACAUUUAGCAGACCCGAUUACCUAGAGGAACAUAUGAGGAGCGUUCGCUGUAUCAAAAAGCCUACGGAUACACAUGAGUAA